CGGGCGCGCUCCCGGAGGGUGGGGUGCAGUACCGCGCUGCGCGUCCCCGUGUCUCGUGCCCGCGCCGCGCGUGCCCGCGCCGCUCGCUCCCGUGCUCCUCUUCAGCAUCCUCAGGCCCGGCAGCAACCCCCGCAGUCACAGGAGCGGCCGCGCCCGCCACUGGGAGGGUGCAGCCACUGGGGAGGGUCUAAUUUGGCUGAGCGGAGGGGACCCUCUCUGCAGGCCGCUUCCCGAAAGGCGGAAAUAGCCGAGGAGGGCGCGCCGCUGUCCCCCAGCCCCCGGCCCCUGACCCCUGCCCGCGGCCGCAGCAUGCGCGCCCAGCCGGCGUGACCGGCUCCGCCCGCAGCCGCCCCGCAGCCCAGCCCGGAGCUCUCGCGGGUCACUCGGACCGGCGCCCGGGAGCGAUGAGCCAUGAAGCCGCCCGGCAGCAGCUCCCGGCGGCUACCCCUGGCGGGCUGUAGCCUGGCCGGCGCCUCCCGCGGCCCCUGUCGCUGCCCCGCCGGCCCGGUGCUGGCCCGCGCGCCACCCUGCCGCCUGCUCCUCGUCCUUCUGCUGCCAGCGCUCGCCGCCUCGUCCCGGCCCCGCGCCUGGGGGGCCUCUGCGCCCAGUGCUCUGCAUUGGAAUGAAACUGCAGAGAAAAACCUGGGAAUCCUGGCAAAUGAAGGCAAUGCCUCGCAACAGAACAGCAGCAGCAAUACCAGCUCCAGCAGUGCAGUGCAGAAGGAAAUCACACUGCCUUCGAGACUGGUAUAUUACAUCAACCAGGACUCCGAAAGCCCUUAUCAUGUGCUCAACACAAAGGCCAGACACCAGCAGAAACACAGUAAGGCUGUCCAUCUGGCCCAGGCGAGCUUCCAGAUUGAAGCCUUUGGCUCCAAGUUCAUUCUUGAUCUCAUACUGAACAAUGGUUUGCUGUCUUCUGACUACGUGGAGAUUCACUAUGAGAAUGGGAAACCAAUGUACUCUAAGGGUGGAGAACACUGUUACUACCAUGGAAGCAUCAGAGGCGUCAAAGACUCCAGGGUGGCUCUGUCGACGUGUAAUGGACUCCACGGCAUGUUUGAGGACAACACCUUCAUGUAUAUGAUAGAGCCGUUGGAGCUCGUUCAUGAUGAGAAAAGCACAGGCCGACCGCACAUAAUCCAGAAAACCUUGGCAGGACAAUAUUCUAAGCUGAUGAAGAAUCUCAGCACAGAUGGCAGUGACCAGUGGCCUUUGCUACCUGAAUUACAGUGGUUGAGAAGAAGGAAGAGAGCAGCCAGUCCGUCACGUGGUGUAUUUGAAGAAAUGAAGUAUUUGGAACUUAUGAUCGUUAAUGAUCACAAGACGUAUAAGAAGCACCGCUCUUCUCAUGCGCAUACCAACAACUUCGCAAAGUCUGUGGUCAACCUGGUAGAUUCUAUUUACAAGGAACAGCUCAACACUAGGGUUGUCCUAGUGGCCGUAGAGACCUGGACCGAGAAGGAUCAAAUUGACAUCACCAUCAACCCCGUGCAGAUGCUGUACGAGUUCUCCAAGUACCGGCAGCGCAUCAAGCAGCAUGCUGAUGUGGUCCACCUCAUCUCGCGUGUGACUUUCCAUUACAAGAGAAGCAGUCUGAGUUACUUCGGAGGUGUGUGCUCUCGUGUGAGAGGGGUCGGUGUAAAUGAGUACGGUCUUCCAAUGGCAGUGGCACAAGUAUUGUCUCAGAGCCUGGCUCAAAACCUCGGAAUCCAGUGGGAACCUUCUAGUAGAAAGCCAAAAUGUGAAUGCACAGAAUCCUGGGGCGGCUGCAUCAUGGAGGAAACAGGGGUGUCCCACUCUCGGAAGUUCUCCAAGUGCAGCAUCUCAGAGUACCGAGACUUUUUACAAAGGGGAGGCGGGGCCUGCCUCUUCAACAGGCCAACAAAGCUGUUUGAGCCCACAGAAUGUGGGAAUGGAUACGUAGAGGCCGGGGAGGAAUGCGACUGUGGUUUCCAUGUGGAAUGCUAUGGAGUUUGCUGUAAGAAAUGCUCACUCUCCAAUGGGGCCCACUGCAGUGACGGCCCCUGCUGCAACGGCACCUCGUGUCUUUUUCAGUCACGAGGGUAUGAAUGUCGGGAUGCCGUAAACAGCUGUGAUAUCACUGAAUACUGCACUGGAGACUCUGGCCAGUGCCCACCAAAUCUCCAUAAACAAGACGGCUAUGCCUGCAAUCAAAAUCAGGGUCGCUGCUACAAUGGGGAGUGCAAGACAAGAGACAACCAGUGUCAGUACAUCUGGGGAACAAAGGCUGCAGGGUCAGACAAGUUCUGCUAUGAGAAGCUGAACACGGAAGGCACUGAGAAGGGCAACUGUGGCAAAGAUGGAGACCGGUGGAUCCAAUGCAGCAAACAUGACGUGUUCUGUGGAUUUUUACUCUGCACCAAUCUUACCCGAGCACCGAGGAUUGGUCAGCUUCAAGGAGAGAUCAUCCCGACGUCCUUCUACCAUCAAGGCCGAGUGAUUGACUGCAGUGGUGCUCAUGUGGUUUUAGAUGACAAUACAGAUGUGGGCUACGUAGAAGAUGGGACUCCAUGUGGUCCGUCCAUGAUGUGCUUAGACCGGAAGUGCCUACAGAUUCAAGCCCUGAAUAUGAGCAGCUGCCCACUUGACUCCAAGGGCAAAGUCUGUUCAGGCCAUGGGGUGUGUAGUAACGAAGCCACCUGCAUCUGUGACUUCACUUGGGCAGGCACAGACUGUAGCAUCCGGGAUCCUGUUCGGAACCCCAACCCCCCGAAGGACGAAGGACCUAAGGGUCCUAGUGCCACCAAUCUCAUAAUAGGCUCCAUCGCUGGUGCCAUCCUGGUAGCAGCUAUUGUCCUUGGGGGCACAGGCUGGGGAUUUAAAAACGUCAAGAAGAGGAGGUUCGAUCCUACUCAGCAAGGCCCCAUCUGAGUCAGCCACACUGGAGGAAGGCCACCUUGUACUGUUGGGUUCUGGGUGUGGUGGGUUUUCAGCCGUGCUGCCGGAACUCUGAAGUCUGGAAACAAGACCAUUGGGUGGUAAUAACUACAGAACUUAAAUGUGGAAAUGGGGAUGGGGUACAAGACAACUGUCCCUUUUUGAAAUAACUUCAAGUAAACCCUCCUGUCACCUGUCAAUAAAGGGGAGGGGGCUAAAGACCAUGUCAUUUAAAAAAAAACUGUUUAGAAUCCUCUAUUUUUUUUCUUUCUAACUAAAGGAGAAAGGAAGAACAGCAAAGUGCAAUAAAGAACACAAAGCAAAUGAUUUCCCCUUUAGCCUGCUGACACUUAAUAUCUUCUAAGUGAUUUGGCAUGAUUUUCCCCUUUACUAUCCAAGACAAACUCCAGUGGCAUGAAGAUCCAAUUUUGGAAAGGAUAAAAAAAACUGCAUGGCAUAUAUAACACCAAGCUAGCAAGCCGAUCUUCAGCCAAACCUACAGUGGAAGUCCUAAGGGGAAGAUGACAGAUGAACACACGGAAGUUGCCUAGGCCUGGAUAACACCUCCUCCCCCAUCCCCCUUCCAUAUCCUCUCCACCCGCCCCCGCCCCAUCCCUUCCCCUCACCUCCGUGUUCCUCCUACUCCAGACCAACCCACGGCAGCACUGAGCCAGACUACACUCUUGCUGAAUUCCCUUUCCCCAUCUUUUUCUCCCCUAGACCAAGCAUCCGCUGGAAAUAGGAUCUGGAAUUUGAAUAAUGCUGUUGUAUAGUUCUUUUGUAAAUGUAAAUAUGGAAAUAGGAGAUUUUGACAUGCCAUUUUCUCUUGUCUAUAUUGGAAUGUUUUCCUUGCGAAGAUUCUCCCUACAUGAGUUGUUGCUUGCUCCGCGUCCUCUUUUUCUUUCUUUUCUCUCAUUUUCUUUCCUUCAUUUUCUCUGUCCUCUCUUAUAACAUGUCCAAUGAUUGUUGGGCUUGCUUAACAAAACAGACGUAGCCCCAGAUACAGGGAGUUUGGGCACAAAACAAAGCAAUUAUGCUUGAAACCAAAAUUAAGAAAAAAAAAGCAGAGGACACAAAACAACCCAUAUCAAGAACACAAAAAUUAUGUAAAUGUGAGUAUAUAUGUUCUGAUUAGUCUAAAUUUUUGAUGUCAUCAUAAGCACAUGUAUAUAAUGUAAGAAAACAGAGACCCUUCUCAAAUGAAUCACAAAAGUGCCAAGCUCAUGAUUUUAGUUUUUGGUUUAGCCAGUUCUCUUUCCCUGUCUUAAAUGUGAAAGGAGGAGAAACUUAAAGCCUUAAAUAAAAAUUAAUAAUUUUUCAAUGUUGAAAGCUUGGAGAAAAGUUAAGCUUUCCAUUCUGUUCCUAUAUAUUUUUGUCAAAUUUCAUUUAUGCUUCAUCUUCCCGCCUCAGAACGCCAGUGCGAUGCUCAGAACGCCAGUGCGAUGCUCAGAACGCCAGUGCGAUGCUCAGAACGCCAGUGCGAUGCUCAGAACGCCAGUGCGAUGCUCAGAACGCCAGUGCAAUGGGGCAGAGUAGCGGGUAGCCUUCUGGUCAUUCUGCCUGUCAUUCAGCUUGGUGAUUUCAGGAGCUCGCUUGGCCCUCGGUGUUUAUCUGGCCUGUGGACUGUGGGGGACUGUAAUGGGGUUCCAGCACAUAUGAACCCACAAUCUUUUUUUCCCUCCUGGGGAGAGAGAAUCUUGGCAUUCCUGAGACUCUGAAUUUGCCUCACCUUUCCUUCACCCAUUCCUUCUUUAACGUAUAGCCAGGAUAGCUUCCAUUGGAAGUGUUAGGGCAACAAGUUACUGAAGAAAUUCUCUGCCAUCUUUGUUUUAGAUCUUCAGACUUGUACAGGAUGGCCUCAGUGAACCCCAUCUAAAAUUUAAACCCCCAAGAUCUGCACUUAGCUUUAAACCCCUUUCCAACAAAACUCAUGCAGCGAGUUUUACAUUUUUCUUGACUAGAGGGAGGAUUUCCUGAAAACGGGCUGCUUAGAGCUGGAGUUUCCCCUCCUCCCUCACAGAUAUCUUUAGUUAUUGAAGUCUCACACUCGCAGCGCAGACAUCUUGAUUGCUGUAUACUACCCCAGACCAUAACCUAACAUCUGAACCCUCGGGUGACUUUCUGGGAAUCAGGUGCUAUGCAGGUAUGCAGUCUCUUGCUUGAACUUGCUGUUUGCUCAUAUAGCAACAACAGGGCUAUCUAUAAGGUUUAUUGGCCUUAUUCCUGGUUUUAUAAGACACAGGUUGCACCCCUUUAUGGAAAGGCAGUGGCUCAGCUUGGAGGAAGGUUGGAGAAAAUUCAGAUAACUUGGUGUCGCUCCCUGUUGUUGCAUUGUCAAGGGGUCCACUUACACCAAGCAGCUGACACCCACACUACUCAUUUCACGAUUUCCGAGGCACCGUGUGACUUUAUUGGACACGAAACCAUGCCAGUUAGAAAACAGAUCUCUAUGGCUAACUUCUGAGCAUUUCACAAACAACAUUGUAAAUGUGCGAUGUUACUGUGUUUUAAAUCAGACCACAGUGGUCCCCAAAUAUUAUGUACAUAUGACAAAUGUCAGUGUACCUUUUGGUCACACUGACAGUUUCCUAGGUAGGCAAACCUGUUCUCCAAUGUUAAAUUAUUUGUGUGUGUGUGUGUAAAAUGCACAAGUGUUAAGCUAUGUGUGCACAGACACGAAGGGGAGUGCGGUCAUACUGUACGCAGUGGGUUAGCGUCAUGUUCAGUGGUGUUAGGUUAUGAAGUUUCCAACCCUUCGCUACCUUUUCUCUCGCCCACGCCAUUUAUUCGUGGUGUGAAUACUCCUUCUUAUCCAUCCGAAUUCAGACCACAAGCUGGCCACUGUGUAAUGUUACCCAACAAGACUGUUCAGUGAAGACCGAGUUCCCAUUUCACUUGCUAUUCUUUUGCUGCGGUAAUGAAUGACACCUGGACGAGGAGGUGUACGCUAGCGUCAUUGCUCACUUGGGGUAGUGCAUGAGCCCACUGAGUUAGAGCUACUCCUCCCGGCUAAGUGAGCAGUACACAUAGGUGCAUGUUUGAAACACGAAUCCCAUAGAGCUGUGGCAUUUUGCCAAGUGACGUGCUGUCUUUUGUUUCCACUAUGCAAAGAUGGGAAAUGCACAGCUUUUCAGAGAUGAUGUCUGAAAAAACUUUACAACAAUACUUGAAUUCUUUCUUUAAUCAUCCCAUCCCAUUUUAAGGUCAUUAAUGCUUCCAUUGUUAACUUUAUUUUUUCCCCCUUCCCCUUUAAUAGUUUGUAAUCUUUAAAUGCACAACCUGGACUUUUGUUUGAUAAAUUCUAAUCUUGUUUGCUGCCUGUGAACGGAGAUUCCGUCAUCCUUAUAUGCAUCUUUUAGUUGAGUGUACAUUAAAACUUUUAUUGAUGUAGAA